AUGAAAGUGAUAAAAGGCCUGCGCCUUCACGAUAACCCUGCACUACGAGAAGGACUCAAGGAUGCUAAAACUUUUAGAUGCGUAUUUAUCAUUGACCCAUGGUUCGCAAGCUCCUCUAAUGUUGGAAUUAAUAAAUGGAGAUUUCUUCUGCAAUGUUUAGAAGAUUUAGACAAUAGUUUAAGAAAAUUAAAUUCGCGACUAUUUGUGGUAAGAGGCCAACCCGCAGAUGCCUUACCCAAAUUGUUUCAAGAAUGGGGCACCACCGCCCUUACCUUCGAGGAGGACCCGGAACCGUAUGGCCGAGUUAGAGAUCAUAAUAUUAUGACAAAAUGUCAAGAAGUCGGCAUUACAGUCACGUCGCGAAUAUCACAUACAUUGUACAAAUUAGACAAUAUUAUAGAACGUAACGGCGGUAAAGCCCCGUUGACGUACCACCAGUUUCAAGCGUUGAUAGCGAGUAUGCCGCCCCCGCCGCCGGCCGAGGCCGCGAUCUGUGCACAGUCCCUCAACGGCGCUGUUACACCGGUCGCAGACGAUCAUGACGAUAGAUUCGGAGUUCCUACUCUCGAGGAACUUGGAUUCGAAACCGAAGGUCUUAAGCCACCAAUUUGGAUCGGAGGCGAGAAUGAGGCGCUAUUGCGACUUGAUCGGCAUCUGGAGAGGAAAGCCUGGGUGGCGUCUUUUGGUCGACCCAAAAUGACGCCACAGUCCUUACUGGCCAGUCAGACUGGUUUGUCACCCUAUUUAAGGUUCGGUUGUCUAUCGACAAGGCUGUUUUACUAUCAACUCACAGAUUUAUAUAAAAGAGUGAAAAGAGUGAGACCACCUUUAUCUUUACAUGGACAAAUACUUUGGAGAGAAUUUUUUUACUGUGCGGCAACAAGAAAUCCUAAUUUUGAUAAAAUGGAAGGUAAUCCUAUAUGCGUACAAAUUCCUUGGGAAAAAAAUCAAGAUGCUCUUUCAAAAUGGGCCAAUGCUCAGACAGGUUACCCGUGGAUAGAUGCAAUAAUGACACAGUUGCGUGAGGAGGGCUGGAUCCACCACCUGGCGCGCCACGCGGUCGCCUGCUUCCUCACGCGGGGGGAUCUUUGGAUCUCGUGGGAAGAGGGCAUGAAGGUCUUCGAUGAACUCCUGUUGGACGCGGACUGGUCGGUGAACGCGGGCAUGUGGAUGUGGCUCUCGUGCUCGUCCUUUUUCCAGCAAUUCUUCCACUGCUACUGCCCUGUGCGUUUCGGACGGAAGACUGACCCUAAUGGAGACUUCAUUAGGAAAUACAUUCCAGCGCUAAAGAACUUACCGACGCGGUACGUCCACGAGCCGUGGGUGGCGCCCGAGGCUGUGCAGCAGGCCGCGGGCUGCAUCGUGGGUAGGGACUACCCCAUGCCCAUAGUGGACCACUCUAAGGCCUCGCAGAUCAAUAUAGAACGCAUAAAGCUGGUCUACGCACAGUUAGCCAAGUUCAAGCCUCAAGGUCUUCCAGGUGCAUUCAUUCCUCAUAUAAUGCAAAGGCCCAAUGUAAUGCAGUCAUCUCCAAAUCCUACAUCUAUAAUUACAAACAUAAACCAAUCCAAUUACUUAUGCAGCCAGGCACCAGAACCUCCGGCCCCUUCUACACCUACAUCGCAAUUCAAACAUGAUAGCUUGUUCGUCAGGCCAACUAAAAUUAACAUGAGAUCAAAUUUUGAUUCUAAUAAAUUCAAAAAAAUUGUUAUAAUUCAACAAGAAAAAAUUUCUCUGCAAUCCACUGUCGAGAACAAUUUUAUUGUUCAUGGAGAUACAAAUUCAGCAUACAAAAUGAAUGAUAAUAGAGUCAAACCUGGAAAUUAUGAUUUUAAAAAUUUAGCAAUUGAUAAUAAUUACAUAUCUAAAUUUUCUAAUGAUCAAGUGAAUUUUUUAAAUCAAAAAACAACCAACAAUGCGGUUUAUAACACAGAUGUUAAAAUCGAUGAAUAUAGCACUCACAAGCCAAAGUUUUACUUCACUGAUAACGGAGUAAUUUCUCACAAUGACAGUGAUCAAACUUUUGCAAGUAAUCAUUAUGCUACUGAUUAUCACAGAGAAAGAAAUUUGCAGUUGAAAAGUGAUGAUAAUCCUAAAGUAUAUAAUAGCAAUCCAUCUAAAUCAGAUAAUAAACAAUCAUCAGGUGAUAGAAAA